CCUUGCGGCGCGCUUGAGCAGAAAAGCUGGAGACGACAGGGAGUUAACGUUGCAGGACGUCCCCUGUGGUUCUGGGCAUCACGCGGGUUUUCGUAACUCUUAAGCAGACAAGAGGCCCUGCACUCCGCACUCUGGCGGUAAACCCGUUUCCUACGCGAGCAGAGCGAGACGUGCCAGCUAGCCGGGUCCCACCAUGGCCGCGAAUUAUUCUAAUAUAAGUAACAGAAGAGAACAUGUCAAAAUUACGACCGAUCCCCAGCCAGGCUUCCUGCAGCGGCUGAGCGAGACCUCGGGUGGAAUGUUUGUGGGGCUCAUGACCUUCCUACUCUCCUUCUACUUAAUUUUUACCAAUGAGGGCCGCGCGUUGAAGACAGCAACCUCCCUGGCUGAGGGGCUCUCACUUGUGGUGUCCCCCGACAGUAUCCACACUGUGGCUCCUGAGCACGAGGGGAAGCUGGUGCACAUCAUUGGGGCCCUGCGGACGUCCAAGCUCCUGUCUGAUCCAAACUAUGGGGUCCACAUUCCAGCUGUGAAGCUGCGGCGGCAUGUGGAGAUGUACCAGUGGGUAGAAACGGAGGAGUCCAGGGAAUAUACUGAGGAUGGGCAGGUGAAAACGGAGAGGAAGUACUCCUACAACCCUGAAUGGAGAUCAGAAAUAGUCAACAGCAGAAACUUUGACCGAGAGAUUGGCCACAAAAACCCAAGCGCGAUGGCAGUGGAGUCAUUCACAGCAACAGCCCCCUUCGUCCAAAUUGGCAGGUUUUUCCUCUCGGCAGGCCUCAUUGACAAAGUUGACAACUUCAAGCCACUGAGCCUGUCCAAGCUGGAGGACCCGCACGUGGACAUCAUUCGCCGGGGAGACUAUUUCUACCAUAGUGAAAACCCCAAGUAUCCAGAGGUCGGAGACCUGCGAGUUUCCUUUUCCUACGCGGGGCUGAGCAGCGAUGACCCUGACCUGGGCCCGGCUCAUGUGGUCACUGUGGUUGCCCGGCAGCGGGGUGACCAGCUAGUCCCUUAUUCUACCAAGUCCGGGGACACCUUGCUUCUCCUGCACCACGGGGACUUCUCACCAGAGGAGGUUUUUCUUAGAGAACAAAAGAGCAAUUCCAUGAAGACAUGGGCCCUGCGGGCUGCCGGCUGGAUGGCCAUGUUUAUGGGUCUCAACCUCAUGACGCGGAUCCUCUAUACCCUGGUGGACUGGUUUCCUGUCUUCCGUGACCUGGUCAACAUCGGCCUGAAGGCCUUCGCCUUCUGCAUGGCCACCUCGCUGACCCUGCUGACCGUGGCCGCUGGCUGGCUCUUUUACCGGCCCCUGUGGGCCCUCUUCCUCGGCUGCCUGGCCCUGGUGCCCAUCAUCAUUGCUCGGACACGGGUGCCAGCCAAAAAGCUCGAGUGAAACAGGACCUGGCACCCACCAACAUCCAUGUACGCUUCAGGAUCCAGCUUACCCCCCGCUUCUCUGACCCUGCUCCACACCAGAGCACGAGUCCAUAUUGGUUUUGGAUUCUGCUCCUCCUCUGCUCUUCAAGGAGCCAGACUUGGCGGCGUGCACUUAUGUCGGGUUUGGUGUUCAUCUGCUAACGUCUCUUCACCCUCUUUCUUGCCAGUAAACAGCUUCGAUGGGCAGAAGGCAGCUCCUCUCUGGCAGCAUGGCAGGUGUUCCACUUGUUUCCUCCCCUUCUCUUGGGACUGUGUGUGUGGCUAGUUCGCAUGCUUCAUUUAGCUUACGUCUGCAGAUGUCGAGGUGACACUGGGACCUGCUGCCUUACCCCUUACUGCCUCUCAUCCUUGCAGAUGAGUGCCAGGGCUCUGCCACAACCACUGGCCGCGCCCUUGAUGCUAAAGGGCCACCUUUUCCAGCUGUCUCGAAUCAGUACUGGAUUGCCAAGAGACUAAGCCCAUAUCCUCCAAAGCUGGUUUAUGGAUAGAGCUUGAAUUGGAACUUCAAAAAGAAAAUCCACUGGAGAUAUUCUGAAGGAACUUGGACAUUUGCUGGGCUUUGCACUCUUUUUGUGGUUUGGUAGAGUCUUCUGAGUGUACAGGGUCUCCAAAGGCCCUGAGUUUUUGUUGCCUCACUUCAUGUGUACUCAUCUACCCUAACAGGAAGCUGUUUGAAAUAAGAUUUGAAAUGCAAAACAGAAAACCUGAAUGAUUAACAUUUCAGACUGUUACAGAGACACCCUUUAACCUCUUCGAUGAAGUUAAUUCAGAUCACAGAAAAGUGUUAAAUGGGGGUGUGACUUUCCUGGUUUUAAAAAAAAAGUUACCACUGUCAGUGUUCUGGGUCACUGGGAAGCUUUUAAGAUGAUUUUGAAACAAGUGUUAGCAAAAGGAUUUUUCCCUCUGGGAGGAGGUGGGGAAUCUCUACAGAGUAUCCGCUGGCAUCAGACACUACCUAUGUACUUGAAGAUAGUUCUAAGUUUUUAGUCAACCGUUAAAGGAAAAGGUUGGGGAAAAAUGGUGGGGGGAGGUUGGAAGCUUUAUUAUCCUAGGCUCCCUCAUAGUGACCCCCAGUCAAAGGCAAGACUUCGAGGCCUCAGGCUUGCUGGGGAUUUGAAUGCUCUUGUCCGGCCUCACUCCCUCCGUCGUGAGUACUUCUGACGUCAGCAGCCAGGCCUCCGCUGGCUGCUUCUCGGAUUUGUUUCAUCUGUCGUGUCCACCAUUUUGCUCCUCCAAAAUAAAAUCUAAGCUCACUUAAUUCAUGUAUUUUCUAAGUUUCCCAAUUACUCUCACAUCCUUUGACAGAUAAAGUAUGUUGUAACCUUGAAGUCCCGAAGGAUUCUUUGUAUUAUCUUUUGUCUUUUCACCAUUUGGAAAUUGUUCUGCCUUGCUGGGAGUGGUUGCUGUGGCAAAUAAGUAUUUGGUAGUUGCAUAAGGGGGUCAGAACUUCUGAAAACAGUGAUCUAAUAACCUCUCCUGUUGUCCUGGUAUAACUGUGCCACAAACUGGGAUUCUUCAUGGAAAAGACAGCAGGGCCCCAGACAUGAUUUAUCUGUGUUUAAGGACAAAUAGCAUUCACUGCUGUUCAUCAUGGGCAGUGUCUUAAAGGAUGCUUUUGGAAAAUACCGUGUAACGAUGAUGGCUACAUACAAAAAGCCUUGGGAUUUGGUCUUUGUAACUUUUCCUAGUACAAACUUUAAAUUACUGCCGAUAUCAAGUGUUCUUUAAGAGCAAAAUGUUAAAUAUUUGACGCCUUUGAAAAAUCAUGAUGAAAUUUGUAUUACCUUUGUAUUUUUGAUAGGAAAUCAAAAUAAAUUUCUAAAUAUCUUUUAUAGGACCUUGUCAUU